AUGCUUCUUCAAUCGAAGUCAGCGACUCAUGUUUUAAGACGAGAUUUGACAGCAAGAGUGAAGAAUCUGAAAUUAAAUGAUAAUAUAAAACGAGUCGAUCGUCGAAACGCAGCGUAUCUCCUUCGACACACCACAUGGAAAGAUUUGGUGGAAUUGUACGAAAUCGCGAAACCGUUUAGAAAAUGGAUUAUUUUGGGCACCAGUUUCAUGGUGGUUUCCAGUGGAAUCUUUCUAAUUAUCCCUCGAAUACUGGGAAAACUAAUCGAUCAAUUCGAUAGUGAUACUAGAAAAUCUGAAGAGGAAAUAACUAUGAAGAUUGCAAAGUUUUUCAAGGAGCAACCGAUGGCACUGGUUGGAUUGUUAGCUGUUGGUGCACUGGCGACGGCUGCAAAGGUGUAUUGCUUGCAGAUUGCAGGAGUGAAUAUUGUUGGAAGUCUCCGUAAAGCAGUCUACAGUUCGAUUAUCCGACAAGACAUGACAUUCUUCGAUAAGAAUAUGGUUGGAGAAAUCGGUUCCCGUCAUGCUGCCGAUACAGUCAUCGUCGGUUACUCUGUCUCAUCAUCACUUCGUGCCGGAGUACGAGCGGUACUUGUUGGAGUGGGAUCUGUUGGAAUGAUGUUAAUGACUUCCGUUGAAUUAUCGACAGUUUCUUUCUUAACCGCCCCGAUUGUGAUUGGAAUAUUCAAAAUGUUCGGAAGGGUGCAACAACAGUGUACGUGGCAAUUGCAGGAGGUGGCAGCAGAUGUUAAUCAGACAGCUAUCGAACGAAUGGCCAAUAUGAAGACAGUGAGAAUGUUGAGUGCUGAAGAACAAUCGAUUAGUGAAUACAUUAAGAAAGGAGAGCUAGUUCUGGAUAUCUCUAAGACUGAGGCGUUGGCGAAAGGAAGUUUAAUUGGAUCGUUCCAAUUCACCGGAUAUUCUGCAUUCUCCUCAAUCCUAUUCUAUGGAAGUCAUUUGAUCAACACGGGACAUAUUACUUAUGGAGAGCUCUCCUCGUUCUGUCUAUAUGCUGUUCUAGCUGCAGCAAGUCUCUCAAAUAUCUCCGGUUUCUAUAAUGAAGUGAUGAAAGGUCUCGGCGCUUCAUCUCGCCUGCUGGAAUUGAAGAAUUCUCAACCAGUGAUGAAUUUGACGACUGGAAUUCGAAAGACUGACAUCCAGGAGGCAAUUCGAUUUGAGAAUGUGUCAUUUGCCUAUGCUGGACGAAAGAAGACACUGGAAAAUAUAUCUUUUGAUAUUCCACGUGGCAAGAUUACAGCAGUCAUCGGACCAUCGGGAAGUGGAAAAUCAUCGAUUGCGAGUCUAAUGUUGAGACUAUAUGAUCCAGCAGAUGGACGGAUUACUGUAGAUGGUGUUGAUCUACGUGAUAUAAAUGCAACUGCUUGGAGACAUGCGAUUGGAACUGUCGGACAAGAACCCGUCCUUUUUACUUGUUCGAUUCGAGAGAAUAUUCUGAUGGGAGCAGAAUUUCCGGAUAGAAUCAGUCAAUUCCAGCUGGAGGAGGCUGCACAAUUGGCGAAUGCGCUGGAUUUUAUUCAAGGAUUUGAGAAUGGUUUUGAGACGAUGGUCGGCGAACACGGAUGCAAGUUGAGCGGUGGUCAAAAGCAACGAAUCGCAAUCGCCCGCGCUCUAAUCUCUAAACCAAAAAUUAUGAUCCUUGACGAAGCGACAAGUGCCCUAGAUGCCACGUCAGACUACUUGAUCCGAAUGACUUUGGAUAAUUUGUUGAAAAAUCACAACCUGACAGUGCUAGUCGUGGCGCAUAGACUUGCCACAAUGCAACAAGCCGAUCAAGUCGUUUAUGUGAAUCGUGGUCGAAUCGAGGGUCAAGGCACUUUUGAUGACAUGAUGAAAAUUCAGAAUUCGAUUGUCGAGCAGGAAGCAAGACGACGUGGAAUUCCAAUGAAUGAGCAAAUGAGUCGAGUGAAUACACCGACGGCUUAUGGGACUUCUUUGAAAUUUUGA